AGUAGGAAAUUCUUCGGUUUAAUCUCGAAAUUAGCUUGAAAAAAUUGGGAGAAAGCCAGCUGUGCGAGGGUGCGGCAACGCGGCGCGAAAGCUGGUCCUGCAGCACUGCGAUCGUUCGCCCUAGGCCUAUUCGAGAGAGCUGCCAGACGCCAUAUUUGUUGUCGUCUAUGGGGGAGGUCGCUGCAUCUUAAAAUCCGUUUUUCCCCGAUAUCCUAAGUGAAACAGUCGUGUGUAUGUGCUUUUCUGCCCCCAGGGACACCUCGGUACGGUGAUGUUAGAGUAAGGGGCUCGCCGGAGCCCUAGCAUAACCCCCACGGUACGAAAUUCCGUCUGGGGUACUGUGGUUCUUUGUCCCCACUGCAGGGUUGCAAGAAAAUUAUUCAAAAUGGCUAGACAAGGGGCUCAAGGACCCCCUCAGGGCCCGGUCGACUUGGAGGACGAAAUGAUCGACUGGGAUGACAGAGGCGGAGGUGACAUCGCAGGGGACAGGUUUAGUUUUGAAGACUCAGAUAGGUUUGAGGAAGACUCUAUGUGCAGCUGGAGUACUGAACCUGAGAGUGUAUGUAACAAUUGGAGGGGAUGGAAAAAACCUAGCUCGAAUGCUGGAAUUUUUACCAAUGGUAAAAGAGGCUCAGAAGAAGCUUUUGCGGUGCCUUCAUUGACAGAACUGACAGCUAAAUGUGUCGCUUCUCAUAUACCGUUUGAACUGGUUGAACAUGUAUAUCCCCCUGUUCCCGAACAGUUACAAUUAAGGAUCGCUUUUUGGAGUUUCCCGGACAAUGAAGAAGACAUCCGGCUAUAUUCUUGCUUGGCAAACGGUUCAGCUGAUGAAUUUUCCAGAGGUGAAAACCUUCACAGAAAUCACAUGGUCAAAGAUCCUUUACAAAUUGGUUUUCAUUUGUCGGCAAGCGUGCAACAGGCCAGGUACAAUAACAGCUCGACCCCUACGCACAAUGUAGCUGUCACAUUUGACAGGAGGCGGAUUUCUUCAUGUAAUUGCACGUGCCAGUCGCAGGCUUAUUGGUGCUCGCACGUGGUGGCCGUGUGUCUCACCAGAAUACAUUGGCCACAUUUGGUGACACUGCGAGCCCCAGUUUCCGAAUCCCUAUCGCGACUACACCGGGAGCAGUUACAGAAAUUCGCUCAGUACUUGAUCAGCGAACUGCCUCAGCAAAUUUUGCCAACCGCUCAGAGAUUACUAGACGAAUUAUUGGGAUCUCAGCCUUCGGCUAUUAAUUCUGUAUGUGGGGCUCCCGACCCCACUGCCGGGGCUUCGGCAGCCGAUCAGACAUCUUGGUAUUUGGACGAGAAGACCCUUCAUGACAAUAUCAAGAAAAUUCUGAUCAAGUUCUGCGUGCCGGCGCCUAUGGUGUUCAGCGAUGUGAACUAUUUGAGCACAGUGGCGCCGCCAGCGGCGGCCGAAUGGUCUUCUUUAUUGCGGCCCCUCAGAGGCAGAGAACCCGAAGGCAUGUGGAACCUUUUGAGCAUAGUUAGAGAAAUGUUUAAGCGUAAUGACAGAAAUGCUGUACCCCUUCUAGAAAUCAUCACCGAGGAAUGUAUGGCCUGCGAACAAAUCCUUAUAUGGUGGUUUAAUACAAAAGUAGCUCUACUGAGCGGAAAUUCCGGUCAUGGAGGCUCGGGAGGAGGAAAACACAACAACAUAAAUAGCAAUACUCACGCCUCACAACACGCAGGUUCCUCAUUAUGCGAUGAAGUUGUAAUUCUUUGGAGACUCGCCGCCUUGAAUCCAGGGUUGGCACCAUCGGAACGAGACAUGCUUCACAGCCAGUUCACUACGUGGCACAUGAAAAUCCUGGAGAAAGUUUCAAAGUGCCGGAAUACGAAUUCUUCGUCCACGUCGAAUUAUUACAAGAACGCGAGUUCUUUGAAGGCCGAUCUGGAUAUUUUUACCGGAUUUAAGCCGGCUAUAGAAGCUUGUUAUUUGGAUUGGGACGAUUAUCCCAUGCCUGGGAUUACGUAUACGUCGGAUAUCAAUCCGAUGUAUCAUUGUCCGUUUACUUGUUUCAGGCACGGGCCUGAUAGUGCCAGAGGCGAAAGUCAGGUGACCCAAGUGAACUCAUCCAAAGCGGUACUCAACGGCGACCAAAUCACCCACACGGGCCAUUCCCAUCACCAUUUACACCACCGGCAUCACCACCACCUGUUCCGCAACCACCGCUUCGAGUAUGUCAACGUUAUGUCCCUCAACCCCGUGGAAUACUCCCCCCAUCACCCUCACAUAACUCAACUCAACGAACGCGACGGUAACAGAUCCAGCGUGAGCAGCGAGGGAUUUUGUGAGGUCGAUGACGACAUCAACAUACUCCAAGUCCCCAGUUACAAUGACUCAGACUCGCAGGAAGGUGGUGGGAGUGACUCUUCUUCGUCUAGUAGCAGUAGGGAUACUAAUACUCCACCUACACGUCAGAUUACCAACCCUCAGGCUUCGAACAUCGAUCAGAAACAACCUGGCUCGAAAACGCCAGUUAAUGAACCCAAUUCCGACCCGAAUUGGUCAGGAAAUGAACCUCCACCUUCAACAGAUACCGAGGAAGAGUCGAGAAGACAGUCGAAAGAUGAGUCUUCGAGUUCUCUAGACUCUCCGAACUCCGGGGAUGAAUAUAGUGUGUAUUUCUAUAAUUCCAAGGAGGCGAAUGGUGGGGAGCCAGUAGCGGGGAGUUCUGGACAGUGUCCGGCGAGUGGUGGGAUGCCUGUGGACCAGGUGGAUGGGAAGACUGACGUUUUUUCGGAGAUUCGGAGAUGUAACGACCCGUGGGAUGUGUUGUUUGCUAGGGCGGAAGGACUGCACGCGCAUGGGCACAGUAAAGAAGCUUGUAUUUUGGGAGUAAAACUAGCCGAAGAACUGUUAGCUAACCCGCCAAACCUCAUGAUAGAAGUACCUCAAAUCCCGAAGAAAAAAGGCAAAAAACCUCAGCUCAACCCAGCUACACACCAGCUCAGCGUUCUAGCUUCGGGAACCUUAGCCAAAGGCGCUUUUCUUUGCUCAGUUUUAUCGGAAAACCCCGAGCAUUUCCAUCUGGCUUUCAGAGUGGGAAUGUUCGGUUUGGAGAUGGCCAGACCUCCUGCUAGCACUAAGCCUUUGGAGGUUAAGUUAGCUAACCAGGAAGCUGAUUUAGUCAACUUGUUGAAGAGGCUGCCUCUGGGACACAAAGAGCUACAGAUUUUGAGGGAAAGAGCUGAACAAAUCAAAGAUGGUACUUUGAAGUCUAGAGGUGAAGCGAUGUUGCCAAUAAUGUUGGCUAGUUUUAUUUUCGACGCUUUGGUUAUUCCUUCGAUUGUAGGUCGGGAUAGGUCAAAAAUCAUCAGUCUCCGCCUACCCACUGAUGAACCUUUAGCCUUUGAAGCGGCUGUGGUGGCCUUAGGUCUAAAAGCCAACGUAUCCGAGGCAGAUCAUCCUUUACUUUGUGAGGGUACAAGAAGACAGAGAGGAGAACUAGCAAUAACUCUACUAACUUUCUACAAAGACUACUGUUACAAGAUUUGCCGGAUUAUGGAGAAACUUUUGGACAGGGAAAUUCACCAGCUUCUAAAAACGCCUCUUCUCAGCUCGUACUACACUAACAAUCCACCAAUCAGAAGCCAGUACAAUCACCUACGCAGAGAAGAGUGCGACAGUACCAUAGCUUCGAUAAAUCCGUUUGUACCACCGUCAGAGAUGAUUCCAACUGAUGCCAAUUGUUGUAGUAGACCUCAUAGUUCGACCAGUGCCGAGGUGGAACAGGGUAUGACUAACCUUUCUUUGGCUGGUCCCAGUGGUCAAAUAUCGCAGGGAGCUAUUUCAAGGACCAAAGAGGGCCGGUACAAAAAAAGGGCGUACCCUUCCAUUCCCAAUCAGCCCUCGGAAGCUGGAGCUCAUUUUAUGUUUGAAUUGGCCAAGACAGUACUGACAAAAGCUGGUGGUACAAGCAGUACCUCUCUCUUCACCCAACCCUCGACGAGCCAGAGCCACCACGGUCCCCAUCGAGCCCUGCACAUGUGCGCUUUCCAACUAGGUCUCUACGCCCUAGGCCUACACAAUUGCGUCUCCCCCAACUGGCUGAGCCGCACCUACAGUUCGCACGUCUCCUGGAUCACCGGCCAGGCGAUGGAGAUCGGUGCCGCUGCCAUAUCUUUUCUCAUAGAUACCUGGGAGGGUCACCUAACACCUCCAGAGGCCGCCAGCAUAGCUGACAGGGCGUCAAGAGGGUGUGACAUUAAUAUGGUCAGUGCUGCGGCUAAUCUAGCGUUGUCUGUGCUUCCUCAUUCUCAUGCACUGAAUCCAAAUGAGAUACAGAGGGCGAUAUUGCAGUGUAAGGAGCAGAGCGACGAUAUGUUGGAGCAUGCUUGUUUGACGGUGGAGAGCGCUGCUAAAGGGGGUGGAGUAUAUCCGGAGGUGUUGUUCCAGGUUGCGAAGUACUGGUACGAGUUGUAUAUUAGGCAUACGCCGGGUGGGGAACAGUUGAUUGAUAACGAUAUACCGCCGCACGAGGCGCUGAUGGAUCCGCACGCGCAGCUGGUUGCCUUGAUUGAACAACCAGUUACACAGGAAGGAUCUCCUGCGGCUGCGCCUGUGGUUGUUACAACGGCUCCGCCACCAUAUCCACACGCCACACCUCCCGUUGGCAUGUACGUGAGCCACUACAAUUUUGUACCAGCCCAUCCCACAGGCGCCCCUAUAGGCUACGCAGGUCCACUUCAACCAAUCCCUACAGCGACGCAACACGUACACGUGCAGUACCAGUUCCCCUAUCCUCCCCCUCCACCUCCCGGCGCUCAAGCCCUGCCCCCUUUUCCCCCUCCAAACGUCGGACAAGCGACCUACGCGGGGUUGCCACCUCCUCCCACGCCGCCUCAGGUAGUGCCGGUGUUGUUUUCCGUGGAUUCUAGGCAGACUCAUGACUUGGAGGACUCUCGAUUCCAGGUACCCUUUUCGACCACGCCCACGACGUCCCAGUACGUCUCUCCCCCCACGUCACAGUACGCGGCGCCUCCCCCACAAUACGUGGCACCGACGAUAACCGCAACUCACCAGCAACCACCGCCCGUCGUCUACUCCAGCCCUCCCCCGGCAGGAGCUUCAGGUCCUGCCACUUCGGCGCACCAGCCUCAGUUACAGUACUUCGGCAGCGCGCCCGUGGCCUUGGCUCAAGCGCCGCCUCCCAGCUCGCGACCGGUGGCGCAGCAGCAGCAGCACAUCUACGCGCAGCAGCCGGUGCCCGCGCCGCCGCAAGGUAGUACUUUGGUCCAUGCUAACGCAGCCGUUUUACCGCUGACGCCGUUCCUGCGUGUAGGUAUAGCGGCGCCGGCGGCGACGCAGCAGGCCAUGGUGCGCCAGCACAGGCCGCACCAGCUCAACCAGGUGCAGCUGAGGUACCUGCUGACCGCGUACCGGGUGGGUAUGCUGGCGCUGGACACAUUGGCGAGGAGGGUGCACGACGACAGGCCGCAAGCGAAGUACGCCCGGAAUCCGCCCUACGGGGAGGACGUCAAGUGGUUGUUGAGGAUAUCCAAGCAUCUAGGCUCACACUAUCUGCACCACUUUUGUGUCUGCGCUGUCAACUCAAUUGUCAGCCCGUUCGUGUUACACGACGUGGCCAUAGAAGCAGCUCAAUACCUCGCCAGGAACAACCCAGGCCUGGUUAUGCAACAUCUCCGCACAGCUCUAAUGCCGUUGGUUACCAAGUGUCAGCAAAUGUAUAUUCAGUGUAUGCACCAGAAACUCUACCAUUUGACCUCAGCAGAUUAUGAAGAUUUCGUAAGCAUUGUCUGCGCAGCUAGGGCUGCUUUUCAAAUUACUCCCGAAGGAACGACUCAGUUCAAGGAAUGGUUAUCGUCCAUCAGAAGGUCGAAAUCCUGCAAAAAGGACUUAUGGACGCAAAUCAACACGGCUCUUCAGGCCAAUUCCAAAUGACAAAGGCCUGACCUGGUCCCCUCCGCCGGCUGCGGCUUCCGUAGACUCUCCCUGACCGACGGCGAGGUCAUCGAGUCUACCCUAGCUCCAGCCUUCCGACCCUUGUUCAUAGCCGGUCCCUUCGAGCACGACAACACCUCCACCGAUCCCACAUCGCCUGAAACGACCCAGCAAUUGGUCCCAGUGGCACUGAGGAUCCCUCCCCCAGGGACAUUGGCCCCUCCCAGGUUUUUAGCGGAUAUUAAACCGCCUGGGGGGUACGCAUUGCCUUACUUGCUCGCGCCUCAAGGCCAUCCCUUGGCCGCUUUGGCCAUAUCGCCUCUGGAAGGAGGUCAAUCGACGGAAGAUGGCGUUUUUGCCAGAGGGGGUAGACCGAUUGCAGUGAGACUUCCCGGUCCUUUCGAGCAGCGCGUCUUGCGGUUGGAGGGAGGAGGUCCUUUUGAGGUUAGAGCUAGGUGCCCUGCGCCACCGCAACCAGAGUCAAAGGACUGGGGGUCGGCCGAUAGUUGAUCUUAAUUAGG